GAAAUGGCACCUGACUGGGACCCAAAAUGGUGGAUGCAAUACAAUUUAACAAAAUGGUGGAUUCCAUUUAAAAGUCAGAGUCAAAAUGUAGUCUCUCCCAACACGUCUGAUUCCAGCGGCAGCACUCCUGGAUCUGCAUCUGGACCGACCACUGCUGCUGGCUUUACAACUGAGACCAGCUCGUCUGUAUUUUCUCAUACUUGGAAUAUCACAUUAAUAAAUGCGACAGACACGAAUACUACGCCACAUCAGACUACAAAUGCUUCAGUGGUGACGCAGAUGAUGACACAAAACACACCUGUGCCAGUUCCUUAUGUAUCUCCGGGACCGCACUUAGUGGAAUACCCCUAUGAGUACCGCUUCAUUAUAAAUGAGCCAAAGAAAUGUGAGCAGCAGCAGCCUUUCCUGGUUCUGAUAGUUCCUGUGGCGGCCCACAACAGGGCCCAUCGUGACAUCAUCCGCAGCACCUGGGGAGGUGAAAGCCUGGUCCUGGACAAAGUGGUGACGCUGUUCUUCCUGCUGGGGCUGCACACUGGAGAGGGAGCAGAGCAGCUCCAAGAGCAGCUGCUGCAGGAGAGCAAAGAGCAUCAAGACCUGAUCCAGAGCGACUUCCUGGACUGCUACAAGAACCUGACCAUCAAGACCAUGGUGAUGCUGGAGUGGCUGGACGCCCACUGCUCCAGCGCCUCUUAUGCCAUGAAGAUUGAUUCAGACAUGUUUCUAAAUGUGCCCAAUCUCAUCAGCAUGUUGUCAAAUGCUCCAAAGACUAACUACAUGAGCGGACUUGUGGCGAGAGGAGGUGCAGUCCUGAGAGAUCCAAAUUCUAAGUGGCUGGUAGUUGUUAAGAGAAGCUUCCAAUUGGUGCCCAAUUCCAGGAUAAAUAAGUGUGGUGGGAUUGACCAGGUGUCAAGACCAGGUGCUUCGAUACAUUUCCAGAGUUGUAAAAUCCUUCCUGUCUCACCGGACCUGAAACAAACACCGCCACCAACACAAUUCCUGCGUUUUCGGCCUGAACGUGUUCUACGACUGCUUCAGCAUGCUGGACACAGGGAAGAGAGGAGCAGAGGCAGUCGGAGGAACGGCGGAUGCAGAGAGAAAGAUUGUGUGGACAAAAAGACAAAGUCACUGCGCCCGGCCAAUGAUCUUCGCCAAGAAAGUGUUACAGCUCGUAACUCCCCAUAAAACCACAAACUGAAGUUUUUACAUUUCUUUUUGUGUAUGGAUUAAACCAACAAGAGACAAUGUGCUAAUUAGUGACCUUUAGGGGUGUAUUUUUGAAGAAAGCGAGGCUAGCUGUUUCCCCCUGCUUCCAGUUUUUAUGCUAAGCUAAGCUAAUCAGCUCCUGGUUCUAGCUCCAUACGGAGCUAGACAUGAGAGUGGUGUUGAUCCUCUAAUAUAUCUCUUGACAGUGAAUAAUUGUAAUUCUCCAAUAUAAAGGAGUAAAUAUAAGUUUUGUAUGUGAAAUACAUUAAGUACUUUAUUAUAUAGAGGGAGGCAUAAUGCAAAUACCACCUAGAUUUUUUUUUUUCAAUAGUAGAAUUGUAAUUGUAGUAUUAAUAUUAAUAAAUUAGUAAUAAUAGGAAUGAC